AUAAGUUCUCACUUUUGUUCAUUGCUCAACACAAUUUUUUUUUUCAGACAAUAGUUUCAGAGGGUUUCAUACACACAAACUCUGUCUGAAAAAAAAUGGGGUUCUUGUCACUAUUGAGAGUGGCAUCAAUGCCUAUAGUACAAGUUCUCAUAAUAAGCAUAUUGGGAGCUUUCAUGGCUACCGAUUAUCUCAAUCUUCUGUCGUCCGACGCCCGAAAAUCUUUGAACAAGAUUGUGUUUGUGGCCUUCACUCCAUCACUAGUGUUUGGAAGUCUCGCGAAGACGGUCACCCUCCAAGACAUCAUCUCGUGGUACGAUAAUAAAAUUAUGAAAAUCGACCAAACGCCGUUACUAAAUAAAAUAACAAGACAAAACCUCGAUAAACUCGGAAACUUGGGGAAUAUUCUGUUGAUAAUCAUACCAGCAAUUUGCAAGGAAAACGGCAAUCCAUUCGGGGACAAGGACGUUUGCGCAAGCGUCGGACUUUCAUACGUUUCUUUCUCGAUGGCGGUCGGUGCCUUGUACAUAUGGACUUACGCAUUCCAUUUAAUACGAAGAGCCGGUAUAAAAUACAGAGCAAUGAUUGCCGCCGAGUCAUCAACCAAAGAGCCUAACAAAGAUCUAGAAACAAACGAAGCGUCUCUUCUUCUUACCGGAAAUACUACAGAGGAACAAAGUAAGAUCGAGUUGAAGCACAACGAAGCAUGGUGGAUUCGGAUAAUGGCAAACAUACAUCAAUUAGCAGAGGAGCUAACGACACCUCCGAUUCUUGCAGCUAUUAUUGGAUUUAUAUUCGGAGCAGUAACAUGGCUCCGGGAACUUAUCAUCGGCGAAAAUGCUCCACUCAGAGUAAUCAACGACUCUAUUAAAUUACUCGGAGAUGGAACCAUUCCUUGCAUCACUUUAAUACUCGGAGGCAACUUAACACAAGGGUUACGCAAAGGAACGGUGAAACCAUCGAUAAUAAUAGCAGUGAUAUGUGUGAGAUACGUAUUACUACCUAUAGUAGGGAUUUUUGUUGUGAGAACAGCUUCACACUUUGGCUUACUUUCUUCCGAUCCACUCUACCAAUUUGUGCUCAUGAUUCAGUUCACUCUCCCACCGGCCAUGAAUAUCGGUACAUAUUCAUUAUUUAUUUUCAUCCUCCAAUUUUUAUUUUUAUUUCGUUUUUAUGAUGAAAACUCGGUUCGAAUUGAAAAUGUAGGUACGAUGACACAACUGUUUGAUGUGGCACAAGAAGAGUGUUCGAUACUCUUUCUUUGGACUUAUCUAGUUGCCGCUUUUGCCCUCACCGGUUGGUCGACUGUUUUCAUGUGGAUCUUAACGUAA